AUGGAAUUACAGCAUUCAUCUACAUCAGAUGGCCCCGGCUGGCCCUCUGCACGCGUGCCUGCCGAGGUUUUUUGGGUAAUCGCAUCCUACCUACCGGAUAGAAAGGAUGUUGGGGCAAUGCGCCUCGUUAACCGAGAGUUCAACACGAAGGUCAUAGGUUAUUUCAUGAAACAGCUGGUUAUCAGCUUUGGACCGGAGCAGAGCAUGAAAUUUGCCAAAGAUGCAGGCCUCAGCAGCAUGUCUUCUGCGUUCGACAUGGCGGAGAGCGUCAUGAAGACAUAUCUUUUCCGAUCCUUCGCGUCACACAUACAGCAUCUGGGACUCGCUCUUAAGUUGGGCGAGUCCGAGCUGGCCUCUCCGGACGUUCAUGACUUCGAGGAAAUUGAGAUUCGUAAUGGAAAAGCCUACAGACGAUUUGUGUCGCCCGUUAAGCCUCGUACUCAGCCCGAGACACCCUUAGAGAAAGUGUUGACGGCACUGGAGAAUUUUCAGGGCGUUUUUCGUCUCUUGAGCGCGGCUACCAAUGUUCAAGAGCUCGCGCUAUCUUGUGCUGGGGGUUUGGGUUAUCUCCAAGGACCCGACGUGAACCCAUUGCAACCCCCGGGAAGACUGCCAAUAUUCAGCAAGCAGAAUGCAGUUCAGAUGACCGAGGACACCUCUAUCCAGAUCAUGUACGACAAGCCGUACAAGCUGGAAGUUAUGGAACGCAAGUUAGCCGCCGCCGGGAUUGAGCCCGCAGAUAUCCAGGGAAAGAUUGCUAAGCUUCUUGAAUUCGAAGGCAUGACCUUGAAGGAGUUGACAUACGAGCGCCGAGCUAGAGCUCCCCUCCCCCUGAGCCGCUUUCAGGGUAAGGUUACUCGUCCAAGGGCGUUCAACCACAAGUUCCGCUUGCAGCCUGACCAGCUGACUGUAUCCCAAAUGUGGUACAUUAAUCAGCACUUGACCGCAGAGAACGCCUUGGUCCAGUCUUUCAUACUCACGAUGCUUGACAACAGCACAGCAUUUACGAAUUUGACCAAGUUGAACCUUGCGCGUAUUCCGAGCUUCCACCUCGACAGCCUGUGCCGCGACGACUUUUGGGACUCUUUGCCGCAAGUGAAGGACGUCGCUCUGGGCGUCAUUCCUGACUGGAGAAGCGUGCAGCCAGAAGGCCCGUACGUCAUGAGUGCGAGACAAGUAUAUCCUACGGAUGCGAUCCCUAAGGUCUUCGAGUUGCUGGAGAAGUACAUCGGCAAACGGCCGAAUAUCGAACGCCUCCACUUUGAGUGGCAUUGCGGUGGCGAGUUAGCCGCCGGACUGGCGCACAGGGAUUGCCAUAUCCUACCGGCGCCCUUCAUCAAGCAGCACCGAAUGGUGAUAGAUUCAAGACAGGAGAAUCUUCUCAUCCUGCCUUACAUCACCCACCUAUCUCUGAAGAAUUGCUGGUUUGCGCCCAACGUGUUUUACCGCGUCAUGGACGCCAUGUCUGAGCACGGUCUCGAGUCGCUUGAGCUGGAGACGGUCUCACUUAGUGGACCUCCCAUUCUUAGAGACACCAUGCGAGACGCCGACCCAAAUGUCUUCCAAGUCGAUGUUCCCGCAAAUCAUGGCAAUAGUGGUGAACCGGCGUACUCCAUUCGAGCUGGUCACUUUUUGUCUUGGAGCGCUAUCCUAGACGCCCUGGCACCGGUACAGACCAUCUCAGACGCCAUCUACAAUCUGAUAAACCCAUCUUCGAACUUUCGAAUCAAGAAGGGCUACAAGAUCCAGAGGCUCGUCUUCAAGUCCUGCGGGUACGUCACCGUGCCCGACGAGCGCUUCAUCUCGAGCCGACGAUUCGACCAUCCUCGACGCUCCAGGGACGAGAGCGGCGCAGACCUACGCCCGCUUUUGCAGAAGAACGAGAAGAAGUUGCGAGCGAUGGAACAGUUCCUCCAGGUCUCCACCGAUCGACAUCUGGCCCAGAUCGCCCACUUGAUCGACCCGGCCGAAGAAGCGGCCAUGAAGCGGGUGUACGGAUUCCAGACGGGAUGGGACGGGGUCUACGACGAAGCCACGAUCAACGCCGCCAAGCGUGACGGCGCCCUCUUCCCUGGCCUCGGCCGCUACUCCGGAACGAUCGAACGCGUCCCGGACGUUGUGGCAGAGGAUGAUGACGAACAGCUUGACUACAAGAUUUUCACAUUGCCCUUCGAGCAGGGUUACGAUGACACAGUUGGUCUAAAUAUCCUGCUGGGCAAUCUUGAGAGAUCCUACAUGUAUCUGCAUCACGGCUAACUGGCCCUGAGCUACGCGGAUAACACUCACAAUGGACCUAUGUAUGAAAGGUCACGGGAUUUGAUCUUCGCUUCGUGCUGGCCUUACUUUCCUUUUCACUGACUACGGCGUACGUUUUCGGCUUGCUGUUUCCCUCUCUGCACGACCGCAUGUGCAUCGGGCGGCGUAUGGGCUUUGAGAAGGCAGCUG